AUGGCCCCCUCAGGAAAGCGCAUCGUCUUUACCGGCGGCUCAGGAAAAGCCGGACGUCAUGUUAUCCCAGAACUCAUCAAGAAGGGUUACUCCGUCCUCAACCUCGAUUUGACCGAUUUUCCUGACCCGGAAGCUGGCGUCUUUACCCUCAAAACCGACCUCACAGACAGCGGACAGGUUUUCAACGCACUCACAACCCAUUUCAACUUCGCCGGCUACGAAGGUCCUCAUGUACCCGGUCCACCAGAUGCAGUCAUCCACUUUGCCGCCUAUGCGCGAAACAUGCUGGUACCCGACAACGAGUGCUACGCAGGCAAUUCUGCUUUGGUCAAGGAGAUCUCGACUACUCCGCCUUCCCCUUAA